UUGAAGUAAAAGUUGGUCCGUAGUCGGGAAAUGUAAAAAUCUAAGCAGAAUUGAAAAGAAAUACAGUGGAAAUGUCGAAGUAUUGAAGUGAUAAAACAAUAAACAUACAAUUUAUUUAAUCUCUGACAGUUCUAAUUUUAUUACAGUCGCUAGGAGUAUAAAGCUACAAUGAUUCACAGUUUAUUUAUUAUAAAUCCAUCUGGGGAUGUAUUUCUUGAGAAGCAUUGGAGAAGUGUGGUGCCAAGAUCAGUAUGUGACUAUUAUUUGGAAGCACAGAGGGCAUCUCCUAAUGAUGUUCCUCCAGUGUUGGCGGCACCUCAUCACUAUUUGAUAUCAAUACAAAGAGGUGGGGUAGCUCUUGUUGCUGUGUGCAUGCAGGAAGUAGCUCCACUCUUUGUGAUUGAGUUCCUGCAUAGAGUUGUUGAUACAUUCCAAGAUUACUUUUCAGACUGUACUGAGACUAUAAUUAAAGAGAACUAUGUUGUAGUUUAUGAGUUGUUAGAUGAGAUGCUUGACAAUGGCUUCCCCCUGGCCACAGAGAGCAAUAUCUUAAAGGAAUUGAUUAAACCACCAAAUAUUUUAAGGACUAUUGCUAAUACUGUUACUGGCAAAUCAAAUGUGUCUUCAACACUGCCUUCUGGGCAAUUGUCGAACGUGCCGUGGCGUCGUUCCGGUGUCAAGUACGCUAAUAACGAGGCUUAUUUCGAUGUCGUUGAAGAAGUGGACGCCAUUAUUGAUAAAAGUGGUGCUACUGUGUCCGCCGAAAUACAGGGUUAUAUUGACUGCUGCAUAAAGUUAAGUGGGAUGCCAGAUCUGACCCUUACUUUUGUAAAUCCUCGCCUGUUUGAUGAUGUCUCAUUCCAUCCAUGUGUCAGAUUUAAACGGUGGGAGUCUGAGAGGAUACUUUCGUUCAUCCCGCCGGACGGUAACUUCCGUCUCAUGUCGUAUCACAUCGGAUCUCAGAGCGUGGUCGCGAUACCGAUGUAUGUGCGCCACAACCUCACGCUCCGGUCCAAUGGGGACCAGGGCCGGUUGGACCUCACCGUUGGACCUAAACAAACUAUGGGACGCACUUUAGAAAAUGUAUCAUUGGAGAUCUGUAUGCCUAAAUGUGUUUUGAACUGUUCUUUGACCGCGAAUCAAGGAAAAUACUCUUACGACCCUGUUAGCAAGGUGCUGCUAUGGGAUAUAGGAAGAAUUGAAUUACCGAAACUGCCAAAUAUUAGAGGAACUGUUUCAGUAGCAACAGGAGCGGACACCACAGGAGCGAAUCCGAGCAUCAACGUCCACUUCACGAUCCCUCAACUAGCGGUCAGUGGGCUGAGAGUUAGCCGCCUGGACAUGUAUGGCGCCAAGUAUAAGCCGUUCAAAGGAGUCAAGUAUGUUACGAAAGCUGGCAAAUUCCAUGUGCGCAUGUGAUCGGAGGCUGAUACGCGACGACAUUGGAUGUGCUAAUGGAUGAUGAGAAAAGAGGACGUUGUAUGUCAGUUAACAAUAAAUGUUGGUCAUGUAUAUUUUUGUGGAUUAAAGCAAUUAUCUUUCUUGAUUAUAAAAAACACCUAAAAGUUGGGACCCUU